CGGGGCCAAGCCGUCCUCCCAACCCGGCUUUGCAGAGCGAAAAUCUGGUGUCUCCAGUUUAGAAACAGCACAUGCAAAACUGAUCCUAAGCCUCUCCAUAUAUCAGCAGAUCGCCUACGAGUGUUUGGUAAGGGCUCUGUCGGUCUGCGCAGGUUACCUCCCGCGGACUCGGCGCCUGAACGUCUGCGCCAGCCCUGGGCCCCCUGCAGCCGGAAGGUUACAGUCCCUGGAGCCCUGGAGUUGGUGGCUGCGGCCCACGAAGAAGCAGCAGCGCGAGGCUCUUCUUCCUCUUGCAGAAAACACAACUCUUCCUUCAGGAAAUCCAUAGUCAAAAGUUUCUGCUACAUUUUAAUUCAGGAAAGGAGCAGAAAGAGAAGAGGAUCAUUUUCUAGGAAUCCAGCACUGGAGAAACAAGAAAAAUUCUUCCAAGGAUGGUCUCCCACUCAGAGUUGAGGAAACUGUUCUGUUCAGCGGAUGCAGUAUGUUUUGAUGUUGACAGCACGGUCAUCAGGGAAGAAGGAAUUGAUGAGCUGGCCAAAUUCUGUGGAGUUGAGGAUGCUGUGUCGGAAAUGACACGGCGAGCCAUGGGUGGGGCAGUGCCUUUCAAAGCUGCUCUCACAGAGCGCUUAGCACUGAUCCAGCCCUCCAGGGAACAGGUGCAAAGGCUCAUAGCAGAGCACCCCCCACACCUGACCCCCGGCAUAAGGGAGCUGGUAAGUCGUCUACAAGAGCGAAAUGUUCAGGUUUUCCUAAUAUCUGGUGGCUUUAGGAGCAUUGUAGAACAUGUAGCUUCAAAGCUCAAUAUCCCAACAACCAAUGUGUUUGCCAAUAGGCUGAAAUUCUACUUCAAUGGUGAAUAUGCAGGUUUUGAUGAGACACAGCCAACAGCUGAAUCUGGUGGGAAAGGAAAAGUUAUUAAAUUUUUAAAGGAAAAAUUUCAUUUUAAGAAAAUAGUCAUGAUUGGAGAUGGAGCUACAGACAUGGAAGCCUGCCCUCCUGCUGAUGUUUUUAUUGGUUUUGGAGGAAAUGUGAUCAGGCAACAAGUAAAGGACAACGCCGAAUGGUAUAUCACCGAUUUUAUAGAGCUUUUGGGAGAACUGGAAGAAUAGUAUCAACUUUUACGUAGCUCCUGACAACUUCAGAUUAAUUUGUCAAAGUUAUGCAGAUUGUGACAACUCGAUCUAUCAAGUUGCUAUCGAUUAGCUGUACUUUAAAGCAGGCUAGUUAGGAUUCCUAGACAAUGACCUCUUUUUACUGUGGUCCCAGUAAUAUGAUCGUUAAUUACUUGGAGAGUUUUAUCACCUGAAAUCUUGAUGUCUAUUCCUAGUAAUGUUUCCUUUGAAGGCUUUUAAAAGUGGAUAAUAAAUUAAACACCUUCACCACUGGA